UUGAGCACAAUGACAUUCAUGAGUUUCUGUGUACUCCUUUCCAGCGCAUUCUUGCUAGGAAAAAUCCAUCAAGUUAAACCGGAAGAUUGCUCUUGCAUCCCAUGCUAUUGCCGCGCUUCUGGUGGGGACCACUAUCACCACCCUUCGGAGCGAGACGUCAGCGCAUCGGAACGAACUCGGGGAGCAUCGGGUUUUGCACCUGAAGGAACAAAACAUCGGGCCGGUCGAGACGAGUCGGAACGGCACCCACAAGGAUUGCCACCAUUUUGGAACCAAUUCUAUAAUGAAAUGUUCAUUCAACCGCACGGGUAUGUUCCGCCUCCGUUCUAUUAUCGCGUCCAGCCUCGAUCGCCGCAGCAAAAAUCGAAACGGAGGCAACAGCAGGUUCAACAAUCACCACAAAUGACUCGUCAGGAACUUAUGAAGCUGCAUCAGCAGCAGCUCCGGCAGCAAGCGAUGUAUGAAAUGAUGCAGCGGAAGCAGCGUUGACAUAUGAGGAAAUCCAAACCCAACCCAACAACAAUAAUAAAAGACAAUCUAAUGCUAAAACUUUUGACGUAGGACUACGUCUAACCGGAAGAUAUAGGGGGUGAAAUGAAAAUCUAGGCACUGAACAGGGACAUCUACAAUGACCGGAGCU